AUGAAAAUCUUAAUAAUUAAGAACCUUCCAUUUUCUGUGGAGAACAAAUGGCGAUUACUUGUACUAAUGUGUGGAUUCUUUGGAAGUGGAUUUGCCGCCCCUUUCUUUAUAGUCCGACACCAGCUUCUUAAGAAAUGA